AUGCUCGCCCGCCGGCUACUACCCCUCUCUACUUCGGCCCAAACUCCCUCGCUCUUUCGCGCCUUUACGACGACGUCCCUGUUACGAGACCCUCCUCGCAGCCCUGCCCUGAGCGACCUGACCUCGGAUGGUGCGGACGCCUUCAACGUCAAGCAGAAGGAAUUCCGAGAUGGGCUCGAGGCUGCCCGGAAGAGAAAAGAACAAGCUGACAGUCAGUUCCUUGAUGCUUCUUCGUCUUCUUCUGAUAGAUCCCCCAGCCUUACUCUUGCUGCAUCCCGUGUAUCUGAAACCCUGGGUUUGGGCUCACUCUCUACCGCACCCCCUACAGAAGAAGCAAGACAAGCCGAGACCGAUACCACCACAAAGCGAAGCGGAACUCUCUCUAGCCUCAUCUAUGGCACCCCCGAAGGCCAAAAUCUAGACAAAGAGAUGGAAAGAUCGUUCUCCCAGGUGUUGGCUAGGGGCAAAUACGUCCAUUCGAUCGUCUUUCACGAUGUCAAACCCGACAAGGUCGACGACUACGUCGAGUUGGUGGGCAAUUGGUAUCCGAGGAUGGCCAAUGACCCGGAGAAUAAGGUCCAUUUGGUGGGAAGUUGGAGGACAGAAGUGGGGGAUUGUGAAACUUUUGUUCACAUCUGGGAAUAUCAGCGCUACACGGGAUACCAUGCCUCGCUGCACAGCAUCGCGCACCACCCCGAGUUCCCCGCUUUCGAGAAGAAAUUACAGACUCUAAUCACAUCCAAGAAAAUCUCUCUAAUGCAGGAAUUUUCAUUUUGGCCAACUACCCCCCCUCGAAAACUUGGCGGCGUGUUUGAACUACGAUCCUAUACCCUGCACCCCGGAAACCUUCUGGAGUGGGAAACACAUUGGCGGAAAGGACUCAAAGCACGCCGAGAAGUCAUGGAAGGUGUGGGUGCUUGGUUUGUGCAGAUUGGAGAUCUGAAUACCGUUCAUCAUCUAUGGCAAUUUGCCGAUCUGGAGGAACGAAAGCUCCGACGUGAAAUGUCGUGGGGCAUCGAAGGAUGGGGUGAUACCGUGCACAAGACAGUUCCACUCAUCCAGACCAUGAAGAGCAAAAUCCUGAUUCCCAUGCCGUGGAGUCCCGUGGGCUAA